AAACAACAAACACCACAGAAAACUGCAAGCAGCAAAAAGUCAAUAAGGGCAACCUAUGCCUUUUCGCCCCCGUUCCUGUUCCUGUUCCUUUGCAAACAAAAACAACUCAUAGACUUUCUCAAGGACGGUUAUCAAGUCUUCCAUGACAACAACCACCCUGUUUCCAAUUUUCUAUCAAUAAAAACACCCUUUUUUUCUAUUCAUAUAGAUAUAGAUUUUCCCUGUUCUUCUUGAUUGCGUGUUUUGAACGAUCAGAGACGACCCAGUUCCUUUUUUGAUCUCCCCUAUCAGUUUCUUGGAAAAAGUUGUGAUUUUUCUGAUUGUUUUGUGCCUUGGAAGAUUAGCAGAAGAGAUAGAUGUUGAGUGAAAAAAGGAGAAGCUAAGGUGUGGCUGGAUUAUAUGGAUAGUCUUUGUUGCUUCAGUUCUGUCAGUCAGGUUGUUGGAGGGCGUUCUUCUUCUAACUCUGGCAAAGGCAAGAGCAGUCAGUCCCCAGUCAAGUAUGGCUUUAGUCUUGUUAAAGGGAAAGCAAACCACCCAAUGGAGGACUUUCACGUAGCAAAAUUUGUCGAGUUCAAAGGGCAAGAGCUUGGACUUUUUGCUAUAUAUGACGGUCACCUCGGAGACACAGUACCUGCGUACUUACAAAAGCAUCUCUUUCCUAAUAUCUUGAAGGAAGAGGACUUCUGGAAUGAUCCAUUCAUGUCCAUUUGUAAAGCUUAUUUAUCAACAGAUGAGGCAAUUCUUUCUCACAGUCCUGACUUGGGGCGAGGGGGAUCAACUGCUGUUACUGCAAUUCUCAUAAAUAAUCAGAAAUUAUGGGUAGCCAAUGUUGGAGAUUCACGGGCAGUUCUGUCAAGGAAAGGAGUAGCUGCACAGAUGACCACUGAUCAUGAACCCAAUACUGAGCGGGGCAGCAUCGAGAACAAAGGCGGCUUUGUCUCAAACAUGCCAGGAGAUGUUGCUAGAGUGAAUGGGCAGCUUGCGGUUUCUCGAGCAUUUGGAGACAAAAACCUCAAAACACACUUGAGAUCUGAUCCUGACAUUCAGUAUGCUGAUAUUGACUCAGAUGUUGAGCUUUUGAUAAUUGCUAGUGAUGGUCUAUGGAAGGUAAUGGCAAAUCAAGAAGCAGUUGAUAUUGCAAAAAAGGUAAAGGAUCCACAAAAGGCCGCGAAACAACUACUUGCUGAGGCAUUGAAAAGAGACAGUAAGGAUGAUAUUUCCUGCAUUGUAGUUCGUUUCAAGUGAUGAAAAAAGGGAACAUACACACUCAUUUUCGGGGUAUACAUAUUCUACAGAUCAAGACUUCCCAUAUAGGGAUGCAAUUCCAAACACUACUCGUGAAAUCCAUUAUCAAUUUGGAAUUUUCUGCAACAUAGGUUUUGCUUGCCCCUUCCCUUCAUAUGUAAAAAAUAUAAAGUUGAAGUUCUUACAAUUAGGUGGUGGCAUUUAGUAUUUCUUGAUUUCUUUGUUGUGUAGAUUCGUACUAUGAUUUUUCUUUGUAAUAUGCAUUUUGUCAUGGAGCAGUGUGAAGAUUGCCAAGGUUUAUUACAUUAUUGAACAUGGGAUUUAUGCCAUUUGUUUGAAACAGUAUAUGAGAUAUACCUGAAAUUAAUCUAUAGCUUGAGACAUGAAUUUUUCUGUUC